AUGAUAGGAAAUGGACCACCUCUUUUUACUAGAAAAGCUAGAGAAGAUCCAUUAUAUUGGAUCUUAGAAUUCAACAGAUUUGUAAUUGCAUCUCAAAUAAACGUUAUAGUUGGUGCAGGAGGAGUUGCUGGUAAAGCAGAAGCAUAUAAUUUAGCUAUAUCAUAUAUGAUUGGUGAAGCAAAAACCUGGUUUGAGAAUAAAAUCAAAAAUAGAAAUUGGCAAUGUGAUAAUAUUCUUGAUAGUACUAGUAUAAAUAUCUUAAAUGCAAUUCGAUUAUUAAAUAAUAGAGACUUAACAGGUAUUAAUGCAAAUCAGUUUCUUGGAGAAGCAUUAGUUGUAAGAAAUAAUGUUAGAAGUGAUAAUACAAUAAUUGGUGCUAAUAUUAUUCCAGUGGGUACAUGGGAUGAAAAUUGGAGUAUAGCUGGAGGGCAUCCUGCACCUAUAGGAACUCCAUCUCCAGCCAAUUAUAUAAAUGCUGGUGCAGAUUGUGCAAGAAGAAUCAAAAAUGAAAGAGCAAUAUAUUCGGAGAUUAAAUUCUAUGAAUCAAUACAAUAUUUGAAUGAUGGCUAA